AUGGGGAAAAAAAUUGAAAUAUUGAAAAAUAAAAGCAGUCUUAAAGGCUCAUCAUACUAUGUGAAAGAAGACUUUCCCCCAAAAAUAGUAGAACUGAGGAAGAAUCUGCAGGCGCAAGUAGAUAAACUUAGAGAAGAAGGUAAAUACGCCAUAAUCAAGUACGACAAAAUUGUUAUCCUUGAAAAACGAUACCAUACCAACAAAGAUCAAAGAAAACGGACUUUUUCACCAUCGCCAAGGGCUACACAGAAGCAUAUCAAUUCCACGCAAUCUACCAAAAAAACCAAACAUACAAUGAACAGUUACUUUGCUCCAAAGAAUCAACCAGCAUCGCCCCCUCUCACUCUCCCAAUACGGCCGGUCCCCGAGGGAGGUACAGACCAAAACCCUCCAGAGAAUGACAUUUUAAGUGACUCUACGAGUAACCUUUUUUACAUCGCAACAUAUAACGUACGAACUCUGUCAAGCAAUAACCGUUUACUGGAACUUCUUGACUCUCUAAAAAACACUAAAUACGAUAUAAUUGGACUAUCAGAAGUAAGGCGUCUCGGUAGCUCAAUACAUGAAUUCGAAGACUUCAUUUUAUAUUACAUAGGUGAAACGCCAGGAUUAUACGGUGUAGGGUUUAUAAUAAAAAAAUAUCUGAAACCAUGCAUUGAAUGCUUUAUUGGUCUAUCAGAAAGAGUGGCUCUAGUAAACCUAAAUCUUCAAAACUUCCGAAUUUCUAUCAUACAAGUCUAUGCUCCUACGGAAACAUCAAACGAUGAAGUUGUAGAGCAAUUUUAUUGUACUAUCGACAAAGCGUUAAAACUGUCGGGUAAAAACAUAAUAGUUAUGGGAGACUUCAAUGCGAAAGUAGGUCAACCUAAACCAGAAGAAAAUAUGAUAAUGAAGAAUUAUGGCUUCGGAGUUAGAAACAGUAGAGGCGAAAGGUUGGUUGAUUUUGCUUAUGAGAAUAAACUGGCUAUCAUGAAUACGUUUUUCAGGAAGAACAGCAAACAGAGGUGGACCUGGCGGUCUCCAAGUGGUAGCACCAGAAAUGAAUUAGAUUAUAUUUUAACUAAUCUGCAUAAAAACGUUACAAAUAUGAACGUGAUAAAUUUAGCUUUUCCUUCUGAUCACAGGUUUGUAAGGGCUACAAUAAGUCUACAAAAAAUCAGAAGUCGUAUAAAGUAUGCCAACAACUUAAAGAGCGCGCUUGAAUCGGAAGAAGAAAUAUUAAGUUACCGAGAAAUAUUCAAAACCACUAUAGAAUACCUUAUUCACCCGCACAAAAACGAUUCCGUUGAGGAAUAUUAUAGAAAAAUAACUGGUGUCAUUGAAAAUUGUUUGAAACAAGCAAAAAGGCCCAGCGCGCGAAAACGGAAUUGCUCUGUUAUAUCUGAUAGCACAAGAAAAUUAAUCCAUCGCAAACAUGAGCUACUUGCGAUUAAGCCAAAAACACGUUCAAUGAAGAAUGAACUGCGAGCUCUUUUCAAACUCAUAAGCAGACAUAUAAGAAAUGACUAUAAAAAACAUCGAUUGCAUGUAAUUCAAAAACAUUUAAAUACCACGGGAAGCCUCAAAAAAGCUUUCAAAAAAUUAAAUGAUCACAAAACAUGGAUUGAAGGACUUCAUCGACAAGCAACGAUUUUUCGAAAAAGGUCAGAAAUACUCAACGCUGCAACAUCUUUUUACAAAGACCUUUACAGUGAACAUGCUAGGCCUCGCAAACUCGAACUAGAGGAUCUGCAUUAUGAUAAAGAGACUACUCCCGUGGACGAGUCUGAAAUAUUAAACGUAAUAAAAAAGUUAAAAUUAGAGAAGAGUCCAGGCCCUGACAAUAUUACCAACGAGGCUUUAAAAGCAGCGAGUGACUAUCUUGCAACACCAUUAUCACAGUUAUUUAACAUGGUUAUUAACUCUGGCGUUACACCUAAACAAUGGUCGCAAUCGAACAUUAUUCUACUAUACAAGAAAGGCGAUCCUAAAAAUAUGAGCAACUACAGGCCAAUAAGUCUCCUUCCCUCUCUUUACAAAGUUUUUGCAUCAAUAUUAGAGAAAAGGAUAAGCAUUUCGUUGGAAAAAUACCAACCAAUCGAACAAGCCGGAUUUAGAAAAGGUUUUUCUACUGUGGACCAUAUUCACUCAGUCGAGAUGAUAGUAGAGAAGUACCAGGAAUUCCGAAAACCACUCUACAUGGUCUUUAUAGACUAUAAAAAAGCUUUUGAUACCGUCUGUCACUCGUCGAUAUGGGAAGCUCUACAAUCACAGGGUGUAGAGAGAAGAUACAUCAAUGUUUUGAAGCAUCUAUACAAAGACUGUACUAGCAGAGUAAAACUGGAGCGAACUGGGCCACCCAUUCCUAUAAAAAGAGGCGCGAGAAAAGGCGACCCGUGCUCUCCUAGAAUUUUUAUAGCGGUACUCGAAAUGGUGUUUCGGAAACUGAAUUGGCAAAAGUUAGGACUAAAUAUAAAUGGUAAAUACCUCAGCCAUCUGAGAUUUGCUGACGAUAUAGUGUUGUUCUCAGAAAACAGCAAAGAGCUCAAUCUAAUGCUACAAUCAUUACAACUAGCAAGUAGAGACGUUGGGUUGGAACUUAAUCUCAGCAAAACCAAAAUCAUGACAAAUUCUUUUGAGUCCUCUAUUUACCUUGGAAGUGAACCUAUACAAUAUGUUGACAGCUAUAUCUACCUAGGAAAGCAAAUAUCUUUUAAAAGUCAGAGUAACGAUUUAGAAGUAGACCGAAGAAUUAAAGGCGGCUGGAACAAAUACUGGAGCUUAAAAGAAGUUUUAAAAAGCUGCAUGCCAAUAAAAGUAAAAUCAAAGGUUUUGGAUACAUGUUUGUUGCCGUCAAUCGCUUAUGCUUGCCAAACCUGGAAAUACACCUAUCGCGUAAAAAAUAAAAUCAAAUUUUGUCAAAGGAGUAUGGAGAGAAGUGUGAUGAAAAUAAAAAGAAUUCAAAAAAUCCGCCAUGAUGUCAUACGACAAAAGACGAUGGUAACAGAUGCCCUUCGAUGCCAAAGAUUAAAAUGGCGAUGGGCAGGCCACAUAGCUAGGAUGGCUGACGACCGUUGGACAUUAAGGCUGACGUCAUGGCCAGGUCCUGCAGGCCAUAGAAAGGUAGGCAGACCGUAUGCAAGAUGGUCUGACGAUAUCGUUAAAGUUGCCGGCAUAAACUGGAUGCAAAUAGCCAAGGAUAGAGACCGGUGGUCAUCUCUGGAGGAGGCCUUUACCCUCGCAUGAGAGGGGUUCCUGCUAGAAGUUAUAUAACACCAGAUAACACUUAUUAAUUGAAUCACUUGUUAUUUUUUU